GUUUACGUCACUUGGGUAUUUCCGCACUACCGUAAGGGAUCGUCUGACAAUGUUUGGAAGGGGGGCGGGUGCAAGUAAAAAAGACCUAAGCUUGCCGCGAUCAUAAGGUUUUGUAAUCGUUUAUUGUUACUAGUUUUGUUUUAUGCACAAAGUAUCAGAAGCAUAUUGAUUCGUGUUUACGGACGUCCACAGGGCACAGCCAUGGCAGGUAAGAUCUGCUCAUAAUGUCAGAAUUUCUCUUGUCAUAAUCUGGUGGGAGUUUUUAAUGUACACAUUGUGUUGUAAUGUCUGACUUGUCAUGCUGUUUGUUAUUUAUACUCCUCUGUAGAAUGUUCACAAAUCAGGGAUUCUGUUAUGAAUGGUUGUUCAUUCUAAAGUAAAAAAAAAAGUUAUUUAAUAACUCUAUAUUUUCAUAUGUGUCAGAGCUAUUCAUUAAAACGAUCUGCUAAGAACUGAAAGAGUAUGAGUUUAGGCCAAAAUAACCGAAACUGAAGAAUAGUACACGUUAGCUGUUUGUUUUUUUUGUUUUUAGUUUGGCUAUUUCGUUCUGAAAUGUAAAAUUCUCGCGUCAUUUUCUAUAAUUUAUUUAUAUAAGAGUUAUAAUUGUAAAUAUCCUUGUGAGAGUGGGAUUUGUUCCUGGCCAAUGAAGCCUGACAAAAUAUAUAUAUUUUUUUUUUAUUGGCUAGUUAUAACAUACAUUCUGGAACAUUUCUGUAUUUGUCACUUGCUAAUGUACUAGUGGAGCUGUAUAGAUCAUUAAAAAAAUAUAUAUAGGUGUUUUUUUUUUGGGGGGGGAGGGGUUUAUACCACUCUAUCCACAGAUAAUAUUAAAAAAUAUUAAUAUAAAAUAUGACCUUAUGUUAUUCCCACUUCAUAUUUUUCUGGGAUAUAGUGAAAGAACGGUUGGUAGUAAGGAUCCAGAUGUUAAUGAUGAUGGGGUUGGCAUUGAUCUAGUGUUCUAUGCUUUUGAUGGAUUUUCUAAGCACCAACAACAGGGUGCUGCUAUGGUUAUAGAGAAUAAUGUCCUCUGGUGCUAUAACAUGGUAAACAGUUAAGUAAUUUGACAUUUUGGUUUGGUACUUAUCUGGGUCCACAGGAUGCAUGGAGUCUUUAAAAUGCCCCCCAUUCCACAUCAGCAAUGACAUUAUUUAUUUUCUUAUAUCGUUCAUUGGCUGAUAUUUGUAAUAGUGCUUAGAUCAGGCUUCCCCACACUCCGGCCCUCCAGAUGUUGUUUAACUACAACUCCCAUGAUUCUAUGAAUGGAAUAGGCGGAGAAUCAUGGGAGUUGUAGUUCAGCAACACCUGGAGGGCCGGAGUUUGGGGAAGCCUGGCUUAGACUGACAAUUUAAGAUUUGAAGACUCCAGGUUGCUCUAAAAUGCUAACCACCAGCAUUGGUAACCUUUGUUUCCUUCUUAUUAACAUUCAUUCUCAUUAUCAUACGUUGUUUUGGGUUUACUUUUUAUCCUUAAUUUGUUACCCAUGUUAUGUCAUGCCUUUUUAAACUACCAGCAGAGCUAGAUCCCUGCUGGAACUGUCUUGCAGGAACUAUAUUUACUCGUCCCACACCUACUGAUAAAGGGCUGUGAGGACCACUCACACAGCUUGCUCUUGAAAUAUGGAGAUAUUCUGAGAUUUCCUGGGAGAGAGGUAGACCCACAUAAUUUAUGGGAGCGAUUAAUCCUCUAACAAACUGAGAUAUAGUAUGCAUACUUUUGCCUCUUCUUUGUCAUUCGUGUCCAAAAUAUUUAAGCAUAUGUAAAACAUUUGCAGGGUUAUCCACUAAAGUGAUAAUUAAAAGGGAAUUUCAAAUUUAAAGGAACACUAUAAUGUCAGUAACACAAAUAUGUAUUCCUGACACUAUAGUUUUAAGAUAACCAGAUAUUUUCAGCAAUGCGUGGGUCUCCUCAUAGCUGGCUUUGCCUCCUAGGCUGAGAUCAUCAAAAUAGAUUCUCAGCCAAUCCAAUGCUUUCCUACUGGAAAAGUGUUUUAAGCAACGCUGGACAUCCUCACGCUAUGUGAGGACCCCCAGCGUCACGAAAUCCCCAUAGGAAAGCAUUGAAUAGUUCCAGUGGCCAUGUUCGCGUUCAAGAUGGUUUGCAGCCAAGUACAGCUGGAGACCUUUCAGGAGCUUUGUAGCUGAAUGACUGCCAGAGAGGGGCGCUUUUGGUAGUAGACAUUCGGGAGAAAGGAAGGUACUGAACCAGGGGGAUAGUGAACAGCUUUCUGGAGGGGGUGACUUAUGGAAUUUUUGCAAUUAAAGUGGUGCUCUCACUUCAAAAAUUUAAUUGAGCAUUUCAUAAAAUCUAAAUUUUUGUGAAAUGUUCAUAAAUGAGUGUUUGGAAUUUCAUUUGAAAUUCUAAUGCAGUCACAAAAUAUAAAACACUGUAGGGACCAUGCUGUCUUAUAGUAAAUCCAUAGCUUGAGAAAAGGCAGAGAGCUACUGCUAUCAAGAUUUUGUCACUCCCCACAGCCAUUUCUAGAGACAGCUGUAGCAAUGAGGCAUUGUCUCACUCAUCACAAGAUAUCUGUAAAGGUAAAGGCUUUAAUGGGAUACUCGUGGACAUCAGUUCUGUUCUCUCACAUUUGUUCAAGAGUAUAGCACUGAUGUUGGCAGAUGAAGCUCCAGGAGCUCAAUAUUAAAGAUGCCGGUACCCAUAGGGGACAGCAUCAGUUAGCUAUAACUCACCUGUACUGUACUCAUGGGCCUUGUCACAGUAAGCAGUGAUGUCGUUGGUCUUUGCAAAAUAUGCAAAGACUUCACUAGGUGACAGAGCUGCUUUAAGAGGUAAGGUGUUGCUUUUCUGUACAUAAGGCUUGCAGCAUAACAGCUGGAUUAACCCCUCAACGACUGUGGACAUACUAGGUACGUCUGACAAAAACUGGUAGUUAACCCCUUCCCGACGACAAAAACAGUCAUUAAGGACCUCGGACGUAUCUAGUACAUCCAAGGAAUUCCUACUUGCUUACCGGAUCGCCACCGGCUAUUAGUGUUCUUCUCUGCUCUGAAAGAGUGAUCACAUGGCCGCAAUAGGAGUCCAUAGUGCUGCCUGCAGGGGGACUGGCUGAACUGACAGGCAGUCCCCCUGCUGGUGGAAAAAUAAAAAAUAAAUUAAAUAAAUGUAAAAGUCAUACUAAAUGUAUUUUAUUAAUAUAUAUUUAUUUAUUACUGCUAUUUAUAAAGCGCCAACAGAUUCCGCAGCGCUGUACAAUAUAUACGUGUGUGUGUGUGUGUGUGUGUGUGUAUGUGUAUAUAUAUAUAUAUAUAUAUAUAUAUAUAAUAGUAAUACAAAUUAAAAAUAAGUGUAAUUUAAUUCUAACUGUAUUUUAAAUAUAUACAUUUUUGUAUCAAAAUACACUUAGAAUGAAGUUACCGUAUUUAUCGGCGUAUAACACGCACCUCAUUUUAAGAAAGAAAUUUCAGAAAAAAAACCCUUAAAUUUCAAAUAAAGAACUUCUUACCCCCUUCUUACUCCCCCCCCCUCUUCUUACCCCCUUUCUUACCUCUUCUUACUUCCUCUUACCCCCUUCUUACUCCCCCUCCCCUCUUCUUACUCCCCCCUUUCUUACUUCCCCUACCUCCUCCCCUUUCUUUACUUCCCCCCCCCUUCCUCUUCUUCCCCCCUCUUCUUCCCCUCCCCUCCUCUUUCUUCCCCCUUUCUUACUCCCUCCCUCUUCUUACCCCCCCUCCCCUCUAUUUAUCUUACUCCCCUUCUUUCUUACCCCCUCCCCUGUAGCAUGGCCGAGCUGCUUUGCUGUCCGCGGUGGCCGGCCGGAGUGAUAGGAAGGUGCACGCUCAGUGUGCACCUUCCUGUCAGUCCGACCGGGUACAGGAAACAGAAACCUACAGGAGAGGUGAGAACCAACUGCAGCCGCCUGACCACUCUUGACAGAGCGCUCAGGCGGCUGCAGCAUUUAAAGGGCCGGCGUAUAACACGCACCCAUAAUUUUCCCCCUAUUUUCAGGGAGAAAAAGUGCGUGUUAUACGCCGAUAAAUACGGUAUAUACAUGAGUGGAUCACUGGCUUUGCAUCUUUUCCUAAGUUGUGUUUCAAAGCUGUUGUGUAUCGCAAACACAGAUUCAAAGGAAUCCAUGUCUAAAAUAGAAUGAGGCAAAAAUGUGAUUCUUUGAUAAGCUAAUUUGCAUAUGCCCACCAAGAAUCCUUUGCGGUAGUAACAUCCCUGCAAAUUUGUUAUUUCUGUGGGAAAAGUAAGUCUUAUGGCUUGACUGGUGUGAAGAGUUUUGUUUUACAUUGUAUUAACUAUCUAUGUAAAUAUAAAUAAAAAUACAAAAUUGAAUCUUGAAUCCUUUUUAAACAAUCUCAAGAACAUACCAUGGCAAAGAUUAAGCCUAAUCCAAGAGCUAGACUCUGCCAUAGCAUUUUUUCAGUCUGAGCUCUUUCGUGUUUGGAAUUUGCAUGCCCCUCGGCAUAAAGUGUAAAUAAAAGGGACACACCUGCCCUGGGUUACAGCUGACCUCAUUUAAAUGUACCAGUUUAGAGAUUCACUGUGGUCAAAGUUCAAGCGUACUGGCUCCACGAAUGAUCACUGUGCCUACAGACAUUGGCGAAAUGCAUGCACAAAACAAAAAAAGUGUCAAAGGCCCAAUAUUUUUAGUGAAAAUUUGAACAAUAAAAUUUCAAACCCCAGAAACUUUUGGAAACUCAUAGAUAGCAUACAAACCCCCACAAUCUACUUCCAACACUCCACUGUCAAAAUGGACAACCAAACACUUCAACACCCCCUAGAUGUAGCACAUGCCUUUAAUAAUUACUUUGUUGGAUGUGCUACCACCCUCGUUGCUAAGAUAACGAAUGACACUCAUUUUCCAGACCACAAAUAAAGAUCAGGCCCUGCCAAAUCUUCAAAACACUCUUAUAGAGAAAUGAAAUUUUAGAUCUGUGCCUGUUGGUGUCGCUUUCGUCCAAAUCACUCAACUUCGACUGCCCUCUUUAAAAGUUUGCAAUGACAUCCAAAUUGCCAUGGAACAAGGAGACUUAACUGGAGCUAUUACCUUGAUUUUGCCAAGGCCUUUGACACAGUAGACCAUGGCAUUCUUUUGCAAAAAUGUAAAAACUCAGGCAUUGGUGAUCGUCCGCUAACCUGGUUUCGAUCAUAUGUUUCAGACCGAUUGCAAUAUGUGGCCAUUUCUGAUAGCACCUCCUUCUUCCAGUCACGUGUGGUGUUCCCCAAGGCUCCAUACUCUGCCCCCUGCUAUUCACGGUAUUUAUAAUUGAUCUGCCUAAUGUGUGCAACUGUACACAUGUAUGAAGAUGACACUGUAAUCUACGCUAGAAAACCCAAUCUACAUCAGCUUGAGGCUGUGCUCCAAAACCAAUUCAGAGGUAGAAAGGUGAAUAGCUGUUAACAAACUCUCUUCCUAAACACUGACAAAACUGUUACAAUGAUCUUUGGAACUGUAACUAAAUUAUGUAAACUACAAAAUCAACAACUAUGUAUCAGAACAAAUUCAAAUAGCACACCGACGGCAGUCUGUUCUUUCAAAUAUCUAGGUAGGUUGCUAGACCCCAAUCUAUCCUUUGACCUUCACAAAAAUCUCUUCAAAACUUUACCCAAAACUAAGUGCCCUGUACAGAAACAAUUCCUGCCAAUGCCCUACAGUAAGGAAACAGUGCAACAAAUGCUAAUACUGGUCAUUGAUUAUGGGGAUGUCGUGUAUGCACCUGCAUUGCAAACCCACCUGAAUAAACUUAAUACGUUAUAGAAUUCGUUCUGCCGCUUUGUACUAGAAUGUAAUUACUUUACCCACUAUUGUAACAUGUUAAGAGCUAAACUGGCUAUUGCUAGAAUCCCGACGCACUCUUUAUCUUUCCAGCUGUUCCCACCUCCAUCCCAGUACUAGCACGAUAUUUAGCAUACCGCAAUACAAAAAUAAAGUGGCUCUAUAAUCAUUUUCUUACAGAGCACUGCAAUUAUGGAAUAACCUCAGGGACACAGUCAAAUCUGCAUUCACUCUAAAAUCUUUUAAGAGAUCUAUGGCAAUAUACCUCAGCACAGAAUGCACCUGUCAUGGUUGAAUAUAUUUAUUAUUUAUGUGUUACAAUACACACACAUGUAUAUAAAUCUAUUGUAAUAUUGUAUCGUAUUGUAACAAUGCAAACGAGAGAAAUCUCAAUGUAUCAAUCCUGGUAAAAUAUUUUAUAAAUAAAUAUGUUUAUAUAUUUUAAAUUCUAUGUGCAUAUUUAUGUAAUAUUUUUACAUAAUUAAGUAAUUUUAUUGAUUACAAUUUGGGGGACCUGUCUGACAACAUGGGUCGAAAGUCCAGAGAAUUUAAUUUGCUUGCGCUAUAUUUAACCCUGUAACUUUCCAUGAGAGCCUAAAACCUGUACAUGGGGGUACUGUUUUACUCAGGAGACUUCGCUGAACACAAAUAUUAUUUCAGAACGGCAAAACCUAUCACAGCGAUUAUAAUGUCAGUGAAAGUGACGUUUUUUGCAUUAUUCACACACAAACGGCACUUUCACUGAUCUCAUUGUUGUGAUACGAUUUACUGUUUUGAAACACUAAUAUUUAUGUUCAGCGACGUCUCCUGAGUAUAACAGUACCCCUCAUGAACAGGUUUUAUAGUGUUUUUGAAAGUUACAGUGUCAAAUAUAAGGCUGGAUUUUUCACACUUCAAUUUGCCAGAUUGGUUAUGUUGCCUUUGAGAGCGUAUGGUAGGCCAGGAAUUAAAAUUACCCCCAUGAUGGCAUACCAUUUGCAAAAGAAGACAACACAAGGUAUUGCAAAUGGGGUAUGUCCAGUCUUUUUUUUUUUUUUUAGUAGUCCCUUCGUCACAAAUAGUGAUGUCCCGAACGGUUCGCCACGGACUCAUCAUUGAGUAAACUUUGACCCUGUACCUCACAGUCAGCAGACACAUUCCAGCCAAUCAGCAGCAGACCCUCCCUAACAGACCCUCCCACCUCCUGGACAGCUCACUAAGAAUGCAGCUUCACAUUGGAUGCUGUCUGGGAGGGAGGGUCUGCUGCUGAUUGGCUGGAAUGUGUGUGCUGACUGUGAGGUACAGGGUCAAAGUUUACUCAAUGAUGAGUGCGCGGCGAACCGUUCGGGACAUCACUAGUCACAAACACUGGUCAAAGUUAGCGUUUAUAAUUGUUUUUUUUUUUUGCAUUUUAGCACACAAACAAAUUUAAAUGCUAAUUUGGGCCAGUGUUUGUGACUAAGUGGGUACUAAAAAAGACUGGACAUACCCCAUAUUUGAAUACCCUAGGUUGUCUACUAGGUUUUUUUUUUUUUUUCAUCAUAAUUUAUAAAAAAAAAGUUUAUAGUAAAUUAUAUGAUGAAAAUAAUGGUAUCUUUACAAAGACCAUUUAAUGGUGAGAAAAAUGGUAUAUAAUAUGUGUGGGUACAGUAAACAAGUAAGAGGACAAUUACGGCUAAACACAAAAUGUAAUGUAAAAACAGCCCUGGUCCUUAACGGUAAGAAAAUAGAAAAACGGCCUGGUCACUAAGGGGUUAAGGUCUUUUUCGGAUUUUUGUGUGUUUAUAGAAAACACACACUAUAUCUGCAGAUACAAGGUCACAUUUUGAGAACUGGUAAUCCAAGCAUCUGUGAUCAUAUCUUUUUAGACUGAAAAAAAACUGUCUAAAAUAAUCUUAUAGGAACCUGUGGGAGAACAUGACAUUGUGAGUGAAUUUAUGGGUUCUUAAAAAAAAAAAAAAAGACAGCCCUGGGUUAAUCCAGCCUCUAGUGGCUGUCUCAUUGACAGCCGCUGGAGGCGCUUGCGUGCUUCUCACUGUGAAAAUCACAGUGAGAAGACGCCAGCGUCCAUAGGAAAGCAUUGUAAAUGCUUUCCUAUGAACUGGCUGAAUUCGCGCGCGGCUCCUGCCGCGCAUGCACAUUCAGCCGAUGACGUCGCUAUGAAGGAGAAGAGGAGGAGAGCUCCCUGCCCGGCGCUGGAGCAAGGUAAGAUUUUAACCCCUUCCUCUCCCCAGAGCCCGGCGGGAGGGGGACCCUGAGGGUGGGGGCACCCUCAGGGCACUAUAGUGCCAGGAAAACGAGUAUGUUUUCCUGGCACUAUAGUGAUCCUUUAAAUCAUUGAUUUUUGUCCACACUAGUUUACACUAUCUACUGAUGUUUGACAUAGAACCUGGGGAUAGUGCCGUUAACCUGCAGUUAGUAUACCCAGUUUGUAGUGAUUAUGGUGCUUAAAGUGCCCCUUUAAAUAUUGCUUGCUUACUUUUUUAGAUUACUAUACUAACUGAAACUUCUUGUUUGUGCCAUCAAGUUCCUGCUGUUGGUUCAAUGGAGUAAUAAAAUUGGCUGUCUAAAAAAAAAAAAAAAAUUUCAUAAAGAUAAAAUCUUUAUGAAUACACUGCACACCAAGUAGCAAUGUCAUAUUUAGGGAUGUUUCCAAGAUACACAAAGAUUCCAUAAGGUGACAGAGCCACUUUAUAUGCUGUGCCUGCUGAUCAAAUAAAGUGAAGGAGUUGGGGAGUGACUCAUGUGCAAGCUACCCAUAGCACUCAAACAAUGCUGUGUUGUUCAUGUCCAAGAUCAAGAGCAUUAAUUUAUGAAAAUUAACUGAAAAGGGCACUGUCAGUUAUGGAAACUUUGCUGCCCCCCUCCCCCCAGACUUUCAAGUGACAUGUAUGGUGGUAGUUGGGGGGGGAGCAGUUAAAGGGAAACUCCAGGCACCGAGACCAUUCCUGCCCAUUGGAGUGGUCUGGGAGCCAACUCCCACUACCCUUAACCCUGCAAGUGUAAUUAGUGCAGUUUUUCAUAAACAGCACUAAUUGCCUAGCAGGGUUAAGUCCUCCUCUAGUGGCGUGUAAUGCACGCACGGCCAUUGCUGUGCGGAUAUGGAGAGCCUUACAUAGAAAACCCCCCCCAAAACUGAACAAAACAACCUCAAACCUCCACAAGUAAUAUAUCAUUGGAAAGGUUUGGUCCAAGUGCCAAUUCUGGCAAGAGUGCUCGGAUCCAUGAGGAAUUGGCUAAAUACCACUGGAUUAAAGUUCUGACCAUCCAUUCGUUGAAUCUUGGCUGAAAUGAAUUCCUCAAGUUCAGUGCCUAUGGUCGGUCAUUUUAUGGGGGCGCUCUUGUGCAGUGGCAAAAGCGAGCUCCCCCUGGCUUUUAGGGAGCGAUUGUUUCAUAGUGUCUGUUGUACCUUCCCUCCAAUUGAUGACUUUCUGGACACAGUAGAACAGGGCUCAACAAAUCACAGGUACCAGGUGGCCAUGGCGACUAGAAAUUUUGCCCUGGCACCUAGGAUUUGUCAGCCCUUUACCGGCUUAUCAAGCAAUGGGGUCAGCCGCCCGCCCUGGAGAGUAUGGAAGCGGCCGGCUCAUGGAGCAUUGUAGCCGGCCACCCUGGGUUACGUGGAGGCGUCAGACUCGGGCAGCCGCUAGGGAGCAGUGAUCUUACUGUAGCUCCUCUCUGCUCUAUAUGAUAUAAUUCCGGCACUGGCAUUACUACAGACAGUGCGGAGCUGCAGGUAGAUUACUGCUCCCACACAUGCAAGAUGAGCGAGCAGCCCAACUGAACCCCAGGGAAAGAUCUACUCCGCUCUCCCAAAAGUAAGGAGGCUAGGUGGAUUAAAAUUAAAAAUGUGAGAAAAUGUGUGUGCAUGUCUGUCAGUGUAUGUUUGCCUCUUUCAGUGUGUGUCAGUGUUUGUGUGUGUGUGUCUGUUUAGGUACCUGCCCCCCUCCGAUCACAUGAAAAGUGUUUUUACUCACCUUUUUUCCCCAACACUGCCGGUUUUGCCACGGUUUGUCUCGCCUCCAUAGUUUAGAUGAUCAAUCUUUAUGAUCUCCACUAAGCCAAUGCUUUCCCAUACGAAAGCAUUGGGAGGACAUUGUACAUGUUCUCUAUGGGUAACAUUCAGCGCCUCCAUGCAGAGCACAAGAUUCUCUAGUGGCCGUCUAAGUGAUUAUUACUAGAGGUCUUAGGAGGCAGCAGUGUAAACACUGCAUUUUCUUUGAAAAAGACUAUAAUCACAGGCUGUAGGCCCCAGAACAGCCACAAUAAUCUCUAGUGGUUCUGGUGACUUUAGUGUCCCUUUAAAAAAACAAAAAACAAAAAAAAACAACUUUUUUUUCACUGGCUCCUAGAUUCCAAACAAAUUCGUCAAGCCCUGGAGUAGAAGUAGGGGAAAACAAGGAUGGAACUUGACCCCGAGGUGAUGCUUAUUACGGCCGAGCUAGAGUUCCAGACAAUUACAGCUAGGUCCUGCUGAAGUCCUGAUGGUUUACUCCGGCUCCCUGGGACCACUGGUAUGAUGGGAAAGAGCGCUUUCGGUGUAGAAGGGAAGAUAUGAUGUCACUGCUGCCUGGCAUCAUUACAGAGAGCACGAGGGAGCAGAGAGGAGAUGUAGGUAGAUUACUGCACCCUCGCAUGCAGGAAGAGAGCAGCCCCACUGGACCCCAGGGAAAGACCCACUCAGCUCUCCCAAAGGUAGGGAGGCUGAAUGGUUUUCAAUUGUGGGGGGUGGGAGCCUGUCAGAGUGGCUGAGUGUGAGCGUGUAGGUGCGCCUGUCACAUGGUGCAGCAGUCAGCCAGGACUCUCUAGUGUCCAUCUGAGUGACUGUUACUAAGCAGCAAUGUAAACACAGCGUUUUCAGGCAGUGUUUACACUGAAAGCCUGAAGGGACAGGCUAUAGACACCAGAACAACUACAUCAAGCUGUAGUGCUUCUGGUGACUAUAGUGUCCCUUUUAAGAAUUGCAUUUUCUCAUUGAAAAUGACUGGCUACUAACUUUUUUUUUUUUUAGCUUGCUCCUAGAAUCCAAACAAAUCUGCCAAGCCCUGCUUUAAUGGACCACUAUAGGAACCCAGACCACUUCAGCUUAAUGAAGUGGUCUGGGUGCCAGGUCCAUCUAGGAUUAACCCUUUCUUCUAUAAACAUAGCAGUUUCAGAGAAACUGCUAUAUUUACAAUUGGGUUAAUCCAGCCUCUAGUGGCUGUCUCAUUGACAGCCGCUAGAGGGACUUCCGCACUUCUCACUCUGAUUUUCACAGUGAGAAGACGCCAGCAUCCAUAGGAAAGCUCCUGCCGCGCAUGCGCAUUCAGCCGAUGACGGCGAUAUGGAGAAGGAGGAGAGUUCCCCACCCGGCGCUGGAGAAAGAUGUAAAUUUAACCCCUUUCACCCUCUAGAGCCCGGCAGGAGGGGGGCACUGAGGGUAGGGGGGACCUAGAGACCCUAUAGUGCCAGGAAAACAAGUGUGUUUUCCUGGCACUAUAGUGGUCCUUUUAAGGAGACAUUUUGGAAUAAACAACCGGUACUGCCACAUUAAUAUACAUAUAUUAUUAAAACAUUGGAACACCACCUAUUAUUGUCAACACCUCUGCUCCCCAACAGCAAACUCCAUCAUUUAAACAAUUGCCAUACUUAUCUGUAAUACAACACUUGUUUUUUUUUUGUCCAUUCCAAUACUUAUACCUUCAAAUUUCAAAAAUCUUAAAGGAACAAUGGAGCAUUAGGAAUAAAAACUAUUUUUAAUGCUUUGCUUCCCUGGGCCAUAGGUGUAAAUUUUUAUUUAUUUGUUUAAUUUUUUUUUUUUUUUUUUUAAAUGUAAUGCUGUCAUUGACAGAAUUAAAUUAGAGAUGGGACUAGCAGAGUAUCCAUCUUCGUUUCUCGCGAACAUUGUCAAUAUCCAGUACCAGGGUAAAACCUUAAGUGCCAAGGAAGAGGAGAUGGCAGUGACAUGGGUAUCCAUAAUUCUCUACGGCCAACUAUGAUAAAAUUAAAAACUAAGGGAGGACCACUAUAGGGUUAAAUGUGCACACACAGGUUGUGGAUAGGUGGCGCUAUAGAAUUAUGAUAUUAAAGUGAAUUUAGCUGCUAUACACUCUGUGGGUACUCCUAAAAAACCCAACAUACAUAGAAAUCACCAAAAAAACAACAAAGGAAAAUUUCAGAUUUAUCAGGUAUCUAUCCCUUUAAACCCUCAAUUUCCAUGAGUGUAGCGCUUCAGGAUAAAUUUAAAAGUGGUGAAUAUGUGUAUAUAGUGCCAAAAAAGCACUUACAUCUAUACAAUGCUUGUAUUCCCGUGUAUAUAUAGGGAAGAAAGAAAACAAAUAUAUACAAAUAAUAGUGCAAUAUGUCUAAAAAAUUAAUUGUUUAAAUUGUAUAUGUGAGUUAUAAUGUAGAUUAACUCACAUUUUUUAGAGCCCUUUGCAGUGGUAAGGCUCUAAACUUCCAAGCGUCUGUGUCUUUUGGGUAGACCACACAACCCCUCUCUCUCAGUGAUGGAACGUCUGUUGCUCUCCAGAGUGUAUAAGAUGAAACAGAGAAAGAACGUCCAAACUAAGUGUAGUAUUUUAAAAUACCAAUAUAUAUCAGUGUAGAUAAAAUCCAGAAAAGUGCUCACCUUAUUUAGAGCCUUUUUAUAACUGGCUCUAAGUAUGUAGGUUCAGUGUCAGUUUAUAGGGUGACACUAUCCCUUUCUUGAAUCACUUGUGCAGGAUGCAGGAAGUGUAGUAUAUAACAAAUAUGUUUAUUAUCAGUAUUAAAAUGUAUACAGACUAUUAUAAAAACAAAAAAUAUAUAAAAACAUAUAAAUAAUACUAAUGUAUUAAGUGGUCUGGCGUAGAUCCACUUGCAUCUAGGGUUAACCCUGCAGAGUGCUAUAUUUACACUUGGGUUAAUCCAGCCUAUAGUGGCUGUCUCACUGACAGCCGCUAGAGGCGCUUCCGCGCUUCAUACUGUGAUUUUCACAGUGAGAAGAUGCUGCAGUCCAUAGGAAAGCAUUCAGCGCUGACGUCGGAAGAGGGAGGAGAGAUCCCCAGCACCGAGAGAUCCCGGCACUGGAUAAAGGUAAGUGUUUAACCCCCUAACUCUCUUGAGCCCGGCGGGAGUGGGGCCAUGAGGGUGGGGGGGACCUAUUAACACUAUAGUGCCAGGAAAACAAGUUUGUUUUCCUGGCACUAUAGUGGUCCUUUAAUAAUUUGUUUGUAGAUGAUGUUUUAAAGAAAGUCACACCAGGGAACUGGUGUAAGUCACUUAAGCACAUGGUUUUCCUAAAUUAUUUCACUUUAAACAGCAGUGGCUGCAUCUGCUGGCUUUCGAAAGAAUAUUCUCUUCCUUUAGACGUGUUCAUUAUAAAUUUAGAAAUCGGUGGGGGCUAAAUAAAGCAGGAGAGCUCAUUUUGCUUUUCCAGAUUCUGAACAAACCAGAGCAUGAAGAUGAUUGAGCUGCAGGAGACAGCGCUUUAAAGGAUUUAUUUAUUUUAUAGGGUCAGGAACACAAACCGGUAUUCCUGACCCUAUAGUGUUAAAACCAAAAUCUACCUCCCACCCGAAACCCCUCUGCUUCCCUAAAUAUGGUGGUGUGAUUUAUGUAGUGUGGACCUUUGGAUGCAGGGUUGUAUCUGUGUGUAGUGUUAGCGAAAUGCUAAGGUGUGUGUGUGUGUGUGUAUAUAUAUGCACAUACAAAGACCCAUAGGUACACAAAUGCAGUUACAUAGAAAAUCAUACACCUGUACAGACACACAAGCACAGACACAUACAGAUAGACACACUGAUACAAACACACACACACAAACAGAUACAUAUACACACACUGACACAUACAGAUGCACAUAUACCAACAAACAGAUACAGACAUGCAGACACACAUGUAUAAGUGUGUGUAUGCAGUGUGUUUGUAUAGUGGUUAAGGGUGUGAGGGAGAGAGAGGGGGGUGAUGUGAUGGGGAGGGGGACGGACUAAAUAUCUUAAUUCCCUGGUGGUCCAGUGGCCAUAAUAUCUGGUGAGCUGCAGACCAUGACUCUCGUGAGACCCAGUCAGAGCGUUGCCGUGGUAACCCGCGGCAAAGCUCUGAUUGAUCAGAUCUCGCUAGAUACAUGGUCUGCAGCUCUGCACACUGCUGAGCUGCAGACCAGUGUCUGCAAUGGGCGCAGGAGUGGCAUCUAACCCGGUGGCAUAUCGAGCAAGCCGCCGGGCCCCGUCCUGGUGUUGAGUCCUCGGUCAGUGACCCAGGACCCGACAGUCUGCACCAGGCACCCCCUUAGUGAGUGACACCUGGGGUGGACCGCCUCCCCUACCCCCUCCCUCAUUAUGCCGCUGCUGUAAUAUAAACACUGUAUUUUCUCUGAAAAAAUAGUGUUUACUGCAAGAAGCCUGAAGGUAAUGAUUCUACUCACCAGAACAAAUACAAUAAGCUGUAGUUGUUCUGGUGACUAUAAUGUAUGUGCCUUUAAGCUUUUCUUGUCUGAUGGGGUGUGCGUGGUCUGCAACAAUGUCUAGGUAGGUGUUAAAGUAACAUCCACAUAAAUGACAGAAACAAGGUUUUCCUGCAGAACAUUGCCCAGAGCAUAACACUGCCUUUGGCGGUUUGCUUUCUUCCCAUAGUGCAUCCUGCUGCCAUAUCUUCCCCAGUAAACCAACACACACAAACGGCCUUAUCUAAAAGAAAACUUAAUUGAUCAGACCAGGCAACCCUGUUCCAUUGCCCAAUGGUCUAGUUCUGGCAUACAUGUCCCGAUUUAAGGUACUUUCUGCGGUGGACAGGGGUCAGCAUGGUCACUUUUAUGUUUGCAACUACACAGCUCCAUAUGGUACAAACUGCAAUGCACUGUGUGUUCUGAUGCUUUAUCAUGGCCAGCAUUAGGUGUUUUCAGCAAUUUGAACUACAGUAGCUCUUCUGUGUUCUCGGACCAGACCGUGCUUCCCCUGGACAUCAAGACCCUGAUGUUGGUUCAGCGGUUGUCCUUCUUUGCACCAGUUUUGGUAGGUACUAACCACUGCGUACUGAGAACACCCCACAAGACUUGCUGUUUUGAUAAUACUCUGAUCUAGUCAUCACUAUUUGUCCUUUGUCAAAGUCACUCUGGUUUUUUUUUUUUCUCUUUACCAUUUUUCCUGCUUCGAUCACAUGAACCUCAAGAAUUGACUGUUCACUUGCUGCCUUGUAUAUCCCACCCCUUGACAGGUGCUGUUGUAACAAUAUAAUCAAUGUUAUUAACUUCACCUUUCAGUGGUUUUAAUGUUGUGACUGAUCAAUGUAUGUAUGCUAUAUAAUGUUGUUUUAGUUAAAUAACACAAUUCAAGUAGUUCUCCAAAUAUGAUUGAUUAACCUAUUAAUCCAAAAUUAAUUCUGAAAUAGCUGUUUAAUCUGACAGGUUAUCAUUCUAAAUAUAUCUUCAUCUAGUUGCAAAUAUUAAAGGUUAUAACUGCCAGCAAGAAUGGGUCUUUCAAUUUACAAAUCAUAAUUUAAAUCCUGACUAGUGAUUUAAAUCAAACCCACCUGCCUCAAUUGUAUUCAUUUAAAAAAAAAUCUUUUUACUUACCUUUUCGGAUGCAAAGACUCCCUCUGCACUGAUUACCUCUCUGCCACUUAUGACAUCAUACAGAAGCGAUGGAGACCUCAUGCACAUCCAUGCUUUCAUAGGAAAAUGAAUCCAUGCUUUCCUAUGGUGGCUCCCACAUCAUGUGAUCAUUUUACUCCUUUAAAGAAUGGUGUCUGGAAACCAUUGCAUAAAUCUCCAAAAAUAACCUACAACUUCAACUUAUUGAUUUAUUUUAAAUAAACUGGAUGAUUUUCAAAACAUGUCAUAUAAUGCUGAACAGAAAUGAAGUAUAACCUGUUCAAAAAUGAGAGGCUCAAUAUCCACCCAUCUCAUUAUCUAGGCAAAAGGUGUGACCUUUCCUGAAUCAUACCAACUAUUUAGUAUUCAAGGUUCUUGCUGAACUUUUUUUUUUUUUUAAUUAAUUUAUUUUUUAGACUAAAUGCAUUUCUGCCACAAAUGCUUGUGUAUUCUUAGAUACUGUUCAGUGUAGUGAACCGCAUGCGUAGUUAUGUGUGUAUGUGUUUUUUGACAGAAAUGGCUUUUUUUCUAUGCUCUAUACAACAGUAAGAAAUACUCAUUGUGAGUCCAAAUGUUUUCAACCGUUGUCUUCAUUUCUGUUCUUUGGAUCAUACAGUUGCGUGCAUGUACAAAUAUUACAAAUAACUAAAAGCUGCCCCAAGUGACAGAGGGUAGUCCCAAGAAUUGAUUGAUAAUUGGGAUUUAACCCUGCUGGCACCGAAUGCAAACUAUGUUCCAUGCCAUUCUAACAGCAUUCAAAGCCCAUCAUUUUUAGGACAGCAAAGUACGUACUAAAGUCGUUAAACAGAAUAGAGGACUGUCUGUAAUUAAAACAAAUGUAUUUAGAGAAGCACAUCAUAAAGAGUUUGUCUACACCAGUGUUUCUCAAUUAGUGGUAUGUGUACAACAGAGCAAUGCAAUAAGGUGAGCAUUAUGGGGAUCAUGCCUCUCCACUGGCUGGUUUGCAGCCCUUCAUACCACUGCCUUUUUCUUUGUGUAUAUCAAACAAGAUGUGUGAUAUCUGUGUGAUAUCUUGUACGCCUAAUCAAGUCUUUACUCACGUUCAUGUUACAAUGUGUUUGUGCUGCAAAAUAUUUUAUAAUGCAUGUGACUUCUGAUAAAUGUACGAAGCCCCUGUACUAGAAAACUAAUCAUUCAUAAAAGUUGUAAUUUAAUAGUUAUUUAAAAAAUUUUUUUUUUCUUUGUUUUUUUUAGAGAUGCUGCUAAAUACCCUCUUAAACAAUGACUGGAUGGUUUCAGGUAUGUGAUUUUUUUUUUUUUUUUUUUUUUUUUUUUUUUUUUUUUUUUUUUUUUUUUUUUUUUUUACCACUCUUAUCAAGAGCAGUUGUAGGCAACCCGUGCUUUUGAUGAACUGCACAUCUUUGAUCCACCAUUAGCAUGUGUUAAACUCAUUACCCACUAAUUGGAUCAUUGGAAUUAUUUAUCUAUAAAUUUUGGAACAAAACCAAGAAAAAAAACAUCCUGUAUACACUUAGUGUUCCGAUGCACAGAGGGUUAUGGUAAGGACAAUUGCUUUUAUUUGAAAAUAAAUUGGAUAAAAGUCACUUUAUUAGUUUAAAUUCAGAAAAGGAAUAAAUCGGCCACAAAUAAUGAAUGAAAAAUAUACAAAAAACUUAAAAAUGUUUUAUGUGAAAAAAUAGAUGUGCAGAGUUAAAAACUGGUCAACAAAAAGGGAAGUAUGUCUCCGUGUCUGACAAUUACAUGCACUCACUGGUACUAGAAGUGCAUAUUUGUAGAUUUUAGAAUCUGUUCCCACUAAUUCUGAGCUAUGUAGGCUAUACUGAAGUAUAAAAAGUCAAUUUCAUAGUUGCCAAUACAGUGUAACCUUGUAUCGCAGUGGUUCCCAAACUUUUUAGGUUCAAGGCGCCCUUAAUAUUUUUCCAAGGCACCCCAAGUAAAAAAUAAUUAUUUUUUUUUAAAAAUUCUGGGUUGUGUAUUUUUUUUUUUUUUGUAAUAUAUAAUCUUUAUUCGGAGACAUCAACUCCGCUUUUUUUCUUUUUUUUAACACAAUAGAAUUAACAACAGAGAAAAAUACAAAUAACAAAACAUCCCGUAUAAAACAUGUACAGUAAGAUACACAUAACAUCCUUAACAUCAUUACUUUUUCCAUAAAAGUUUGAAGUAGUAUAGUUACGUUUAGUAAAACACCUAUGUUGUUUAAAAAUCUCACUGUAAACAACUCACAUACAAAAGGACAUGACAGGACAAAACAUCAAAUGGUCAUAUGAGGUCACUCUUACUAUAGUAUCAAUAUCAACUUAGGCCCAGAGAAAUUUAGGACAUAUAUCUAUAAGUCAACAACAGCCUCCAACUUCGCCAACCAGGAGUUAUAGCGUUCUUGAUAUUUUAUAUUUAACCCAGCUUCCAUUUUCAAUUGAUAUUUAAUUUGUUCCUUAACUAUGGGCCAGGAGGGCACUAACUCCAUUUUCCAAUACCUUGCAAUAGAAAGUUUCGCGGCUAGUAGUAUAUGCAAGAUAACCGGCAAUGAACUACCACUAACCUGGUGGAUAUCUAAUUGCAAAAGGCAUAUCUGUGGUACCAAAGGUAAAUCAAUCAAAGUAAUAAGUUUUAUCCUAGAUAAGAUCAUUUUCCAAAACUUCUGUAUAUACCUACAGUCCCACCAUAUAUGUAGAUAGUUCCCAAAUUCCACAUUGCAUCUCCAGCAAUUGGCGUUACCUAAAUUACUAAACUUCUUGAUUUUACUGGGGACCAUAUACCACCUAUUUAUGAUUUUAAAAUGGCAUUCCACCAGAUUAAGACAGUGGAUAUGUUUAUAGGUAAGAUUUAAAGCUUCUCUCCAUUGGUUACAAGUAAUCUGAUUUCCCAAAUCACUUUGCCAAGAAUUAAUUAUAGCUUCUAAGGGUUCAUCUGAGUUUUUUUGUAAUAGGUUUAAUCCCAUAGAUAAUAGUUUUUUUGGAGAAUCCCUAUCGAGGAUAUUUCCCAUGUCCCUUAAGCGAUCACACCUUUCUGUGGUAACAUAUUGGUGACAAAAGCCUUUUAGUCUAAGGUAAUUGAAAGUCUCCUUAUUGUCUAUUUUAUAUGUUUGUUUUAAAGUUUGGAAAUCCAUCCAUCCGUUUCUAUCCCUUAAAUCUUGAAAUUUGUAUAUGCCUUUUUCAAUCCAGCUUUUUACAUUAAAAUUAGUCAUAUAGUAAGCUAUAUUUCUUAAAGAAAGGGAAGGGAUUAACUUAUUAUAAAGACCUAGUGAAUUUUUAGUUUUUUUCCACCCCCUUAGAACAUUGUUCAGAAUAACACUUGAUGAAAUGGGGCUUACUCUAUGAUCGGUUUGUAAUUUUAGGGGCCAAAAGAGCACAGACAACUCUAUCGGUGAACCCUCAGUUGAAAUAAGAUCUUGUUCUAUUUUGUACCAUAUCUCAUUCUUGCUAUCAUUUAGUUGAGUAAUGAUUGCGUGUGUAAAGGUCGCAGCAUUUUGGAAGUCUUUUAGAAUAGGGACCCCCAGGCCCCCCUUUUUCACUUUUAAGGCUAAGCGUUUUUGGGAUAUUCUUGGAGGCUUAUGUAACCAUAUAAAUUUAUUCAAUAGGGAUUGAGCUAGGGUCAACCAGCUGUCCGGGCACGGUAAUGCCACCAUUCUAAAUAGAUAAACCCAUUUUGGGAUAAUAUAAGAUUUAACUACAUUGAUACGGCCCCACCAUGAGAUCUCUAAAUUUUUCCAAUUUUUUAGUUUCUUUGCCGUAGUUCUAAGAAGAGAUAGGAAAUUGAGUUCCAUGAUAAUAUUAACGUCAUUUGCUAUAUCAAUUCCCAAAUAAUUAAAAGAAACCUCCGCCCAAUUAAAUUCAUAUCUCUGCUUAAGUAUUGCCCUUGUAUUCUGAGGGGUAUUCAUUAGUAAUGCAGUCGACUUAUUGACAUUAAUUUUAUAGCCUGAGUGUAAAGCGUAUUCAUCUAAGGUAUUAAAGAAAGCUAUAGAGGAGUUUAAGGGAUCUGCUAGAGUUAAUACAAUAUCGUCAGCAUACAUUGUUAAUUUAAUGCAGUCAUUUUUAAAAUUAAGGCCCUUUAUUGCCUCGUUUUUCCUUAUUGCUACCGCUAGAACUUCUAUUGUCAAUAAGUAGAGAAGAGGUGAGAGCGGGCAGCCCUGUCUCGUCCCGUUUUUCAACGAGAAAAAAUCUGAGCUGAAUCCCGCUCCCACAACUCUUGCAGAAGGAGUUGAAUACAAGGCCAGUAUUGCUUUUCUUAUAUUCCCAAAAAAGCCAAAAGUUUGUAGGACCGCAUCGAGGAAAUCCCACCUGACCCUGUCGAAUGCUUUCUCAGCAUCUAAAGACAGGAUCAGGAGGGUGUAUUUCCUCGAUUGGGCCCAAUCUACUACAUCUAUGAGACGUCUGACAUUAUAUGCCGAGGAGCGUUUGGAGAUAAAGCCCACUUGGUCCCUAUGGAUUAUAUCUAUCAUAAUUCCAUUUAAUCUACUUGCCAUUAUUGAGGAGUAAAGUUUUAAAUCCUCAUUCAAUAACGAGAUAGGUCUAUAAUUGGUUAUUAACUCUGAGGACUUUUGUGGUUUGAGAAUAGGGACCAAGUUAGCUCUCAGCAUCUCCGGCGGGAUAUUACCUUUCAACAUAAACUCGUUAAAUAUAUCCCUUCAGGUAUUUGCUAAGUUUUCUUUCAAAGAUUUAUAAAAUUUAUUUGUAAAACCGUCCGGACCUGGAGACUUAGAGAUUUUCAAUCUAUCUAUGGCUUGGUUGACCUCUUCCAGGUUUAUAGGGUCAUUUAAAUUUUGUAGUUGAGAUUUCGUUAUUUUUGGCAGAUUUAACUUCUCUAAAUAUUCUAAGAGAUUAACUGAGGUAUGUCUGUCUGGAAGAUUAUAUAGUUUAGUAUAAAAUGCUUGGAAAGCCUGACCUAUUUUUGAUGGAUUCAAAAGAACCUUAUCUUCUUGAAUGAUUUUAGUUACCCUCAUCUUGGUAGAAUCCUUCUUUAACCUAUUCGAGAGUAAUUUAUCCGCUUUAUUCCCCCUGUAGUACCAUGUCCUUCGUAAUUUUUCUAAUGAAAAAUUUGCUUUCUGGAUUAAUAAAUCGUUAAUACUCUCUUUAAUGAUAGAGAGUUGUUUAGUAAUAUCUAUAGAUGGAUUAUUUUUAUUUAUAUAUUCUAAUUGAUCUAGUUGUAUAUACAGGUGCGUAAGAUUAUUUCCCUUCUUUUUUUUUUUCCUGGGACCCCAUCUUAAUAAAAUGUCCUCGAAUUGUACACUUAUAGGCGCACCAUAUAAUUGGUAAUGGUAAGUCAUCUUUAGUAUUUUCUUCAAAAAAUAAAUUUGUAGUUGACUUAAUUUGUUUUAAAUAUUCUGAAAUACUUAAUAGACGAUCGUUUAAUCUCCAAUUUGAUCUAUUAUCCUUCAAACCAUCAUCCAGAAUCAUCAUUACCGCAUUAUGAUCUGACCAUGCAAUAUUUUUAAUAAAAACUUUUUUAAGCAUUUUGGAUAUGCUUGGGUCUGAUAUUAUUAAAUCAAUUCUGGAAUAAACCCGGUGAGCCCCAGAGAAACAAGUAUAGUCAUAUUCCAUAGGAUGCAAAAUCCUCCAAAGAUCCAAAAGGCCCCUAUUUUUUAACAAGUUGCUAAAGGAUUUAGCAGAGGUUUUUAGCUGUUUAUUAUAUUGAUCGUUAAUUAAGCUUCUCCUAUCUAGUUCUGGGUUGAGCAUACAAUUAAAAUCCCCUAAAUAGAUUACCAUACCUUGUCUAUUUCUAUCUACUAUAUCCAUUAGUUUCCUAAUAAACUUAAUCGGGGCUAAAUUUGGGGCAUAAAGAUUCACUAUCGUAUAAAUCCUAUUAUUUAUUUCGCAAAUUAAUAUAUGAUAUCUACCUUCUGGAUCCUGUAUUUGAUAAAUAAAUUUAAAAGCUAAUCUAGAAGAAAUGAGGGUCGCAACCCCUCUUUUUUUUUUAUCAUAUAAGGAGGAGGAAAAAAUAAAUGGAUAAUCUUUAGAAUUUAAACGUAUUUUUCCUCUUUGCUCCCAAUGUGUUUCUUGCAACGCGCAUAUGGAAAUGGAUUCAUCUUUCAAAAACCUAAGAAGGAUAUUGCGCUUUUGUGGUGAAUUUAAACCUCUAAGGUUCAAAGUUACUAUUUUUAUCCUUAUUAAUCCAGUUUAGAGUUGAACAAUCUCCCUUGUGUCCAGCUAUAGGGAGUAAACUCAUCUUCCAAGACUCUAGAGAAAAUAUUACAAUUUUUUAUUAGAUCUACCCCCCUUAGUUCAGGCUUACUAUUUUUACCUAAAUUAAUCAUAUUUAGAAUUGGGCAACUCAUAUAGAGCCAAUCUCAUGUAAAAGACCAAAUAUGACCAGACCAUAACAAAACGACAGCACGUACAUAAAACAUUAAACCCCCGAAGGCUCCCUACCCCUCCUCUCAUGGGAGCCAUCCCAAAGCCCUUUACUGAUCGUAACCUACCCAAGGUAUAAAUCAGUCAAACUCAACCGCGUUAGCGGUUGGAGGGAAGCAGAGGAGAAUUAUACCUAAUUAUCGACCCGAGAGCCUCAUAAAUAAAAGCUCUAUAUAAAAAAAAAAAGAAAGAUGAUAAUAAUAACUUAAAAAGAGGUAUCACCCCCUUACCCAAAGACUAGAAUUUAUUACCUUCUUCCCUUACUAUUUAUCCAUUACCAUCCUAAGAUGGCUUCACAACUUUAAUCAUCAGUGCAUAUCUCAGUGAUUAAUUUAGAUUCAGUGCUGUAUAUAAUACGUAUGUUUAAAACAAUCUGACCGACAUAAUCUACUCAAUCAUUUAGUCAGAGUGCAAAUCUUAUAUAUUCAAAAAUUAGAAAUCUAAUAUAUAAAGUGCUUAUCUAUUACAGUCCUCAAGAGACUUCAUAUCUUUAAUCAAUCGUGCUUAUCUUAGUGGUUAAUUUGACUAGUGCUAUAUAUAUUAUAUAUAAUUAACACUGCUUCAAGCAUCCCGUGAAUUUUCUUUGUAUCUCAUAUUAAUUUGCUCUAAUAUUCUACAGAAAUAUUGUAUCCUGUUUAGUCGUAUAUUAAAAAACUAGUGUGUAAUAUUAUUUACACGCGUGUCAUGUUGUGUUCCCCCGUGCAACAUAAUUUCAUUAUAAUCUAGGAUAUACUAUCUAACCUUAUAUUCUAAUUUAUAUUUCUGCUUAAUAUCCCUAUUUCACUUAUAUAUAUAUGUCCCUAAUUUUAAAGUUACCCUUGUAGUUUUACAAUUAUUGUGGUACUUAAUAUUCCCCUUGUUUGGUUAGACUAUUUAGUGUUUCUCUUCACUAUAUAAAAAAAAAUAAAAAAAUAAAAAAUUAAAUAACCUCCGCUUCCCUCAUCCGUUUUAUCCCCAAUAGCUUCAUAUCAUCUUAUUUGUUAAUAACCAUUGAUGUAAACUAUCAACCUCUUUAAAGGCUUCUAGAUUGUCUUUAUAAUAAAACUUUAACCCCGUAGGGAAUAGCCAUGUGUAGCUUAUGUUGUGAUCUCUAAGCUUGCCUGUGCAAGUUAGAAAUUUCUUCCUUGCAGUUCUAGUAGCCAGAGAUAGGUCAUUGAAGCAUUUUAGCUCUUCAAAUUUUGAGUCUUUUAAAGAUUUCAGCCUUAAAGCUUGGUUGAAUUUGGUCUUCAGGUAAAGAGAAUGAAAACUUGCAAUAACUUCUCUUGGGAUAUGAGCUGGUAGGCUUCUUGCUUUUGGCAGUCUAUGAACAUUCUCAAAUAUAAUUGGAAUAUUUUGCAGAUGCAUAUCUAGAAAGUUUAAAAGCUCAGUCAGAUAAGCGUUUAACAUUUGGUUGGAUAUACUUUCCGGGAUUCCUCUAAUCCUAAUAUUUCUCCUCCGUGACCUGUCUUCCCAAUCAACCAUCUUAGCUUCCAAGUUAUUUAUUUUCUGCUCCAAGGAAUUAAUUUUAUCUUCCAUAAGGUUAUUUCUAAGCAUUGAACAUUCCAGUUUCUCUUCGAUGGAUGUCAUUCUUAUAUUUACUUUCUUUAUUUCUUCUUUAAAGGUCGUUGUAAAAAGUUGCAUCUCACCUUUUAUCUUUUCCAUUUGUGAGUCAAAACAGUUAUUAAGAGUGACUCUAUCAAUAUUAAGGAGGUCACUUGGAGGGGAAUUGCUGUAUGAGUUUAGACCAUUUAUCUCCAUAAGGCUAGUAUUCACCAUAUCUUCUUCUGAAGGUUUAGUAGAGCCCACUUGGCUUAGUCUCCUAUCCUUCUCUUGAGCAGAGAAAUAAUUUGACAAGCGUUUGUCAGAUUUUAAUUCCGCUUUAGACUCAGAUUUAGAGUCGACUUUUUUAUCUUUAUCCUUCCUUGUGUUUAUUUUAUUUUCCCCCUUUUUUGCCGCCAUGUUUUCUGAUUUACUUGUGGGUAGAGACAGUAUAUGCAGUUGUAUACCUGCAAUAGUGCAAAAUAUGUCCAAUUAUCUCAGCUGUUCAAAUAUUCAAAUUAUUCUUAGGCUUCCGUAUCUUUUGUCGUUACUUAGGCAUGCGAGAUUUUAAGCAGCUUUAAAAAGCUUUAAGGAUUUGUUGUUUGCAAAACUCUUAUAUUUUAAUUAGCUUUAGUUAGCUUUAAAUAACUUUAAAUAUGGCUUUAAAUAUGGCUUAAAGAGCUUUAAGAAGCUAUUCCUGCUUCCCAGACUUCUCUGACUUCUCAGAGUAUUUUACAGAGUAUUUUACAGAGUUUUAACAAAUCCAACUUUUAUUUUAUCACUCAUAUCACUGAUUUCACACUUCUCACUUCGUCUGACUUUGAUUGUUCACACUUCAAACUUCCUAAAGCAGAUUUCAAUUAGCCUGAUCGUGUAGGCAGAAAAAAAAAAAAAAAAUAAAUGUCCAUCUGAACUAAUGUUAGGUCGGCUUUCAAUAUAGGAUUCUACAUUCAAUUGAUAGAUCCUAUCAUACUGCCAUGUACCUCACAUGCCUUGCUGUACUUCUUGAAUUCUGUAUAUAGAGCGGUAGAAUUAUCAAGCCUCUCUGUGUUUCCUCAGGUUGCUGAGCUGUUACCGCUGUUACCGUAUUAUAGCGUUGUAGCCUUUUCAACAUUCCUCUCCGUCUUCGUUUUACUCCCUUGCAGUCUUAAUUCCGUUCGACCGCCUUACCACCAAUCUCGCUUGAUUCUCGCGUCCGCAGUGUAGUUAGCAGUAUAAUUCACCGCAAUAUGAUUAACCUCUGCGGUCGCUCUUAUCGUCUCACUCCAGCACCGGCUCAGGGAUCGUCUCACGUCUCACUCAAACACCGAACACCGGCUCAAGGGUCGGCAGCAUUACAGCAUUACAGCGUCCGUUACUGCUUCCUCCUCCUCUGCUCCUCUCACCCGCGUGACGUCACCACGUGCACGUCACGUCAUCGCUCCGCCCCCCACUCCUGGGUUGUGUAUAUAUGUACAGCAUAGCGGCAUAUACUGGGUCCCUGUUCGGCAGAAAUACUUGCCGUUCAAGCGCAGAUCCAGAACCUAAUCUUGGGAGUGGCUCUGGUAGAUUAAAGAAACAAUCCAGGCACAAUAACCACUACAGCACUUUGUAAUGGUUAUGCUGCCAGUAGUGCCCUCCCAGAGUAAGUAGUAAAACUGUUUAAGAACGUGUUUGUUUGUUUUUUUUUUGUUUUUUUUUUAAUUCUUUAUUUUUAUUGUGCUGGUAGGUACAUAACUUUGUCAGGACGCCAUAACAGCGUAUAUAAUGCAAAUACAUACAUGUUAAGUAGUGACAUGAUUUUUCACACAUUUUUAUAUAUUACAAUUUCAACAAGUAGUAAGACUCCAGCAUACAGUAACAUUGCUUAGAUGACACAAGAAAUUUGUGUGGCUGGUGUGCUGAGGCGUUUGUGGGUGUAAAUAAAUAACCAUGGAUAUCUUGCAUGGGUGUUCCAGCAUGUGUGUGUGGUCUGUAACCUGUGUGCAGGGUGGUUAUCCCCUCUAGCGGGGGUCAUCUUUGUCUACACUCAGGUCUGUGGAUCUGGGGGCCCCGCCAUGAGGCCACUAGACCAGUUAAGAGUUAGUGAGGGAUGUAAACUAGAAGAACAGUUUGAUAACUUACCUCGGAUCUGCCAGGAUAGGGGCAAUCGUGUGUGGGGGCAGGUUGUGUGAGGGGUACAGUGUGUGUAUGGGGAAGAGUGGAGGGGGAGCAGUGCGUGUGUGUAUAUGAGGGGGUAAUGUUUUUGUGUGGGGGGGAGGGCAAACUCAUGAAUAUAUAAUUUUUUACCUGGGAGGGGGAACAGUACAAGGUAAUCCCUGGUGGUCCUGUGGGGAAGCUAUGGCGGUCCUACUGGUGAGAAUGAACUCUAGCAGCCUUAGGAGCUGCUAGAGUUCACUCUCUCGCAAAAUUAGGAGCAUUGCCACGGUAACCGUGCGUCCCCUAGGUCCUUUCUCCCUCCCCUUGCCUGCUGCUAGUAUAAAAGUCAAUUUUACACGGCUAGCAGGCUAGAGAGGGAGAUCUCUGAUCUCCCCUUCGGUCCUGCAGAGCUGGCCAGGGAGAGGGAGGCUCAGUUCCCGGUGCUGAUGAUCAUAGCACCGGGAAAGUAUCUUGCUGCUCCCCUGUGUGGGGGAGCAGUCGAAUACCACUAUAAAGUUGGUCAAUCUCAGGGGUAGCAAUUUGAUUUUAAAAUAUGCUCUCAUUACCUCUGAUUUCUAUAAAAUGCAUUGAAGUAUGAAAGAUAGUUACAGUAAACAGAUGCAACAAUGUAUCAGAUAAACUAGCACUGUGAGGUUGGCCAGUCAGGGAUAUGUAGCAGUUUAAUAUGGAGGCAAUAUAAAAAUCAUCGAUUUUUGAAUGCAAAUAGGAGUGACUAAUUAGACCUAGGAGCCCCAAGUUUGUUCAUUAAAGGAUCAUUAUAGGGUCAGGAACACAAACAUGUAUUCCUGACCCUAUAGUGUUAACACCACCAUCUAGCCCCCCUGGGCCGCUCAUGCCUCCAUAAAUAUAGCAAAAUCUUACAGUAUUCAAGCCUGAAGCUGUAGCUCUGCAUGCUGUUUGCCUAAAAACAAAAAGCAGUCUGCUGAAAUCAUCAGAAGUGGUAGCCUGAUCCAAUCACAAUGCUUCCCCAUAAGACUGGUUGAGACCGACAAGGAGGCAGAUCAGGGGCAGAGCCAGCAUUAUUCAAACACCGUUCUGGCCAAUCAGCAUCUCCUCAUAGAGAUGAAAAGAAUCUCUGUGAGGAAAGUUCAGUGUCUGCAUGCAGAGGGAGGAGACACUGAAUUUUGGAUGCCUUUUAGGCAGCCAUGACCCAGGAAGGAUCUCUAACAGCCAUCUGAGGAGUGGCCAGUGAAGUUAUCACUAGGCUGUAAUGUAAACACUGCAUUUUCUCUGAAAAGACAGUGUUUACAGCAAAAAGCCUGAAGGUAAUGAUUCUACUCAACAGAACAAAUACAAUAAGCUGUAGUUGUCCUGGUGACUAUAGUGUCCCUUUUAAUUAUUAAAUAAAAGUAAAGGUACCCUUUAGAAUAAAAUUAGUGAUUUUAUAAAAAAACCUAUAGAGUUCAGGUUGACUGAAAUGAAAAAUGUGUUAAUAAAAUAGAACCCCGUUAGACAGUAACGUUAUCCCACAACAGAGUGGACUUAAAAAUGAGAUGAUUAUGGCAUUUGUGACCUAGAACACCUCUGGAGCCACAGAGGCAACGAGCUACAAAUCAGUGUGAUGAUUAGCAAUGAUUGAGAUGCUAGCAGUAAAUUGCAAAAAUAAGAAGCAAUCACCACUAUUAAGGCUGCCUUUAAAAAAGGGAAGGUACUUGGUGAAACACCUAAUGGAUAUAACCACUGGAGUUUCAACUAUGUGGUAUAACUUCAAGUAUUGCUAAUUACUUAAUACCGACUCUCUUUAAAGUCCGUCAUAAAUACUGCCAGAAAAAAAAACCCAGACACUCACUGUGAUGAAUCAAGCACAUUUAUUCAACACCUCAAUGUUUCGACAUGUACCCAGGUCUUUAUCAUGCUAUCUUGCUCUUUAUCUACCUUGAUAAAGAUCUGGGUACAGGUCAAAAGGUUGCAGUGUCCAAUAAAUCAGCUCAAUUCAUCACAGUGAGUGCCUGGGUUUUUUUUCUUUUAUACUUGUGCUUAUGGGAUAUGUUGACCCAUACUCUGCUAGCACCCUGUGAGUUUUAUGAUCAUGAUUCUUUUUUUGAUAAAUACUGCCAGAGACCUCAGGGGGAAGAUAAGGCUAUAAGUAGUACAGCAAUCUCAGGGGGAGGGCAUUAGUAAUCAUAAAGGAGGACGUAUAUGCCUAUGUAUGUAACAAGAAAGCCUUUACCCCUCUCCACCCCAACUUACUACUUUGAGACAGUCCCCAAAAUGAUUAGACAAGUAUGCUACAAAAGCCUGUCUGCCAUUAUUCCUACUCCCUAUCAGAACAGUAAUUAAGAGGAUGGAAAGUCCGCCUCCCCCAUAUUUUAAAUUACAUUUACAUGUGAGAAGAUAGACAAGCCCAGCCGAAUUAUAUUUUGUUUUAAAUGAAUCCAUACAGGCCCAGCCUCUGUCCCAUAUGUGGAGAUUAUUGAGCAGCCAAAACAGCGUGGAAUGCGAUUUCGUUAUAAGUGUGAAGGGCGUUCUGCUGGCAGCAUUCCUGGAGAACGGAGCACGGAUACAACUAAAACACAUCCCACAAUAAAGGUGAGCAUAUGUUCUGUAUGUUGAAUGAAAAAUGUAUAGUCAGAAACCCUAGUUUCUAUACAUUUUACUUUUAUGGAUUUAUUUCGUAAAUGCAAAAAUUGUCGUGCUGAAAUAUUUUCCUUUUCACAUUCCAGUUCACUAAGCUUAGUGAAUAAAUAAUUUGUGUGCUCUUAUAGUAUAUACUUGCAUGGCUUUAUUAAGCUUUGCAUUAAUUUUAAGAAAGAAAACUUGUUUGUCUGGAGGGGUUGUAAUUCGAUAAUGAAAACUUAAAUAAGAGUUUAAGUGUACACUGCCGCAUACUACACAUUAUGUAGAAACUAACAAAUGCUUAUUUUUUUCUGACCGACAUUACCUAGUUGGACAAAUUACAAGCAAAUGUAUAGGUGGCAUUUUUGUUUUCUUUAAAAUGGCACUGUCGUGUGAUUUUAUUAUAAAUUGUUUUUAUUAUUUUGGGUAAGUCCCAUUUAAUGUCUGUGACUGCUCCCGUACUCCGACCGAGUACCUCCACUUUUUCCAUUUAUUUUCUCCCAUUUUUAUUCAUGUCGUGUUAGGUAUACAUAUAUGAUAUUUAAAAAACAAAACAAACAAUAUAUAAUUUGUGUGGUGCACUUAAAGAGGAACCCUUUAAUUACAGUGGAACAAACACAUUGCGCAAAUUGUAGGUUUUGUUUAGGUUCAGACCUUGGAAAUUACUGCUCCACAGAUUCUAUCUAUUGAUCCAUGAUGACCAGGAAAUGUGUCCUGGGAUUUGUGAGCCUGUUCAGCCCUUGAGGUGACCGGCUGCCUGAAAUUAGAGGUAGAUAGUUGGCUCACGCAGGGUUGAGGCGGGCAGACAAACAGUCGGGUCAUUGAGAAAUGAGGGAGGCGCGGUGGCAAGGGAGCUGUAAUUUUCCUGUUCUGCUACCUUAUGCGCCCUCCAGUGAUGCCGGGAGCGGGAAUAUGAUGUCAUUCCAGCCCCGCAUCACUAAACAGCACUCUAGAAAGCAGAGCAGGGAGAUGACAGCAGCCCUUCCUGGACCCCAGGGAAAAUUGAUCCACUCCAGCUCUUGCAAAGGUAGGAGGCUGGGUGGAUUUAAAAUAAAAAAAUAGUUAUGGUGUGUGUGUUUUUCUGUCAGUGUGUGUGUGUUUAGGUGACCUGCCCCCCUCCAAUCACAUUGGAUAGGUGUUUUUACUCUCCAUUUCCCCCCCCUGCCGUGCUAGAGACGCAGCGACUGGCCCUACCUCCAUGGCUGAGAUCAUCAAUCUUGACGAUCUCAGACAAUCCAAUGCUUCACCAUAGAGAAACAUUGGUCAACUUCUCUUCAUUGAGAUGCAUUGAAUCAAUGCAUCCCUAUGGGGAGCAUUAACACUUCUAGAGGCCGUCUCAGUGACUGUCACUUGACGUGCUACCAGACCACAAUGUAAACCCUGCCUUUAGUCUGAAAAGUCAGUGUUUAUCUAUCACACAAAUCAGCCACAACAUUAAAAACCACCUGCCUAAUGUAGUGUAGUUUCCCCUGGUGCUACCAGGACAGCUCUGAUUCUUCGGUGCAUUAACUCCACAAGACCUCUGAACGUGUUCUGUGGUAUCUGGCAUUAGCAGCAUAUCCUUUAAGUCCUGCAAGUUGCGAGGCAGGGCCACCUUAGAUUGAAUUCUUCUAGCACGUCUGAUUUUGAUUGAGAUCUGGGGAAUUUGGAGGCCAAGACAACACCUUGAACUUUUUUUUAUUUAUUUUUUAUUUUAUUUUUUUACUUUUCCUCAAACCAUUCUGUAACAAAUUUUGCAGGGUGUGUUAGCUUGCUGAAAGAGGCCCUGCCAUCAGGGAGCACCAUUGCCAAAAAGGGGUGUGCGUGGUCUGUAGUAAUCUCAAGGUACAUGUCAACAUGACAUCCGCAUGAAUGCCAGGACCCAAGGUGUAAAGGAUAACACUGCCUCUGCCGGCCUGCCUUCUUCCCGUAGUGCAUCCUACUUUCUUCCCCAAGUAAAUGAUACCAGUUGUCCUUCCUUGCACCACUUUUGGUAGGUACUAACCACCUCAUACUGGAAACACCACAAGGCUUCCCAUCACUCAGAUCUUUGCACUUGCCCAUUUUUCCUGCUUCCAAAACAUGGAUUUCAAGAACGGACUGUUCACUUGCUGUCUAAUAUAUCCCACUCCUUUACAGGUGGCAUAGUAACGAUAUAAUCAAUGUUGUUCACUUCCCCUGUCAGUUUUAAUGUUGUAGCUGAUCAGUAUAUGUGUGUGUGUGUGUGUGUGUGUAUAUAUGUGUGUAUGUAUAUAUAUAUAUAUAUAUAUAUAUAUAUAUAUAUAUAUAUAUAUAUAUAUAUAUAUAUAUAUAUAUAUAUAUAUAUAUAUAUAUAUAUACUCACCGAAUAUUUAUUAAAGAACAAAUUAAAAACAAGGGGGAAUAGGACUGAAAAUACUAACUUUAAAACCAAAACCUGCAAAGUUGCAGUUCUUCUUUAAAGGGACACUCUAAUCACCAACCCAGCUUUAACCUUAUUAAAGGACCACUCUAGGCACCCAGACCACUUCAGCUUAAUGAAGUGGUCUGGGUGCCAGGUCCUUCUAGGGUUAACCCAUUUUUUUAUAAACAUAGCAGUUUCAGAGAAACUGCUAUGUUUAUUAAUGGGUUAAGCCUUCCCCCAUUCCCUCUAGCGGCUGUCUCAUUGACAGCCGCUAGAGGCGCUUGCGUGCUUCUCACUGUGAUUUUCACAGUGAGAGCACACCAGCGUCCAUAGGAAAGCAUUAUGAAUGCUUUCCUAUGCGACCGGCUGAAUGCGCGCGCAGCCAGCCGACGGGGCGGAACGGAGGAGGAGAGAAGUAGGAGAGCUCUCCGCCCAGCGCUGGCAAAAGGUAAGUUUUUACCCCUUUCCCCCUUCCAGAGCCGGGCGGGAGGGGGACCCUGAGGGUGGGGGCACCCUCAGGGCACUAUAGUGCCAGGAAACCGAGUAUGUUUUCCUGGCACUAUAGUGGUCCUUUAAGCUGUUUUGGAAUGCAGAUCAUUCCCUGGCUGUCUAUCUGAACAGUUCUAUGCAGUUUGGGAAGUAAAGGAACACUGUAGUCACCAGAAUCUCUAAAUCUUAAUAUAGUGGUUCUGUGGUAUAUAGGCUGAAUAUCUUGAAAUCUUUGCUCUGCAUGGAGACACUGAACGCUUCUCAUAGAGGUGCAGAUUGGUACAGUGUGGUGUUUUUCCAAGCAUGCACACUAGUUUCCCAAAGCUUAGCUAUCGGGGGGAGCUUUUGGUAGGUCCAGAUCAUCAAGAUUGGGAAUGUGCCAGUCAGCACAUGCUCUUCCUUUUUUUUUUUUUUUUUUGUGUAUUCCUACAUUAUAAUGUUUCUAUAAUACCCCAAAACCACUUCAUUAAGCUAAAGUUGUUUUUGUGUCUCUUUAACUCUGUCAAAUAAAAUGUAGCUCACAAUGCAAGAAUGUUCUUUGUUGUAGACCCAUUGAUCUAUCUUGGUGGGUUUUAUCCUGCUUCACUUUUACCUAAAUAAACCCAUGUAGGUUAUAUGAAACAAUCUGUUUUAAAUUUUUUCCCUAACAUUAGCUUGGUAAAUUUGGCCAGAUGGUUCAACUGAGGUUGAUAUAGUUUCACGAAUAUUUUUCAUGUAGGAAAAACUACCCUAUACAUUUGCUGCUCCAUGAUGUUGAGGACAUAGAAUUUAUAAAGUGGAUUUAAAAAAUGAGCAUGCUUGAACCCAGUGAGCAGCUUGAAUGUUUGUGUUAAAUGAGCAGUCUUAGCACUUGUACUACCGCCUGUUGGAGUGGUUAUGAUGCUGGCUUGCUACUGGCAUUAACUCAUGGAUAUAUCACGAUCAUUUGAAUUUGGUUAAAAUUGGCUGGAUGCAGCAACUAACACAGUCAACGCUGUCCAAAUCUUGGAUUUUGAUUUGCGAAAACAGAAGUGCAACUAAUCAAAAAUGGUUUGAAACAACUGGGAGAUGUCAGCUUUUUUUUAUUUUAAUUUUUUUCAUUGAUUUAAUCAUUGGCAAAUGUUUUGAGUUCUGUUUCUGGAGCAUAUUACUUGGCAGGGAUAUAGUUACUUUUUAAAAAGUACCUUUUUUUUUUUUAAUUAAGACUUAACCAAUAUUUCUUGUAAUAAAAAAAAAUUAUAUCUUUUUUGUUUAGCAAACAAAAACAUAAUAUUUCAAUGGAAUUUUUAGGUGAACAAUUACCAGGGCCCAGCCCGUGUACGAAUAUCAUUGGUCACCAGAGAUGCUCCCCAUAAACCUCACCCACAUGAGCUAGUUGGAAAAGAUUGCAAGGAUGGAUAUUAUGAGGCUGAGCUGUCGCCAGACCGGAAUAUUCACAGGUAACGUUUCAGCAGCAGAAAAUAAGUUGGCUUUCUUAAGCUUUGCAUUAUGUCUUCUAAAGUGAUCUAUUUAAUUGUAUUAGAUAUGCAACAUUGAACCGUAUAUUAUGGGGAAAUAAUGCUGUUGAGUAUUUCAAGAAAGAUCAUAAUAAGUCAAAACCUGUAGGUCACAAUCACAUUAUUUUCUCUAAUACAGGCAUACCCCGCUUUACAUACACUCACUUUAAGUACACUCGCGAGUACAGAUAUACCUGCGAGUGUACGUAAAGGUGCCUCGCGAGUACAGACAUUCCCGCGCCUCUUCUGUCCACUAGUGAAGAGGAAAUGGGAGGUUCUAUUCUCGCCCGGAGCAGUUCAGUGUCUUUGGGGCAAGAACUUUUCACACCUUCUGUCAUGGCACAGGUUAAUCAUCUCAAAGUUAUAAUGCCUACUCCUAGCUGAAUAUAUAUAUAUAUAUUCUUUUUUUUUUUUUUUUUCUGCUCAUACAUUGUCCAUAUUCUGCAUUCGGCUGCCAUCCAGUGAAAGGGUUUACACUGCCAUUUUCUAUAACUAUGACUUGGCAGCUUAGCUGCAUUAGCCACAAUUCUGAGGAUUCAAAGUUAAACCAUAAAUGCUUAAAGUGAUGAAGAGGUGUUUCUAAACAAAGUGUGCAACUAAGCUGCUAAUAAAUACAAAAUGGCCCAGCGGGCAGGUUUGUUUACUUUCCCUCACAGUUUAAGGUUAUCAGAUGAGUAAAAAGAUAAAUGGUACAAUCUGGAAUGAGAUUUUUCUUUUUACUGUUUGUUUUAACUGAAUAAAAGCCUGCUGGAAAUCACAAAAUAAAUCACUUUAAAUCUGCAGUUGUAGUAUCAGUUAUGCCUGUAAAUUAUUAUUGCAAUGCAGUACAUGCAUUGGGAAGUGAAAAAGGGUAUUGCUUCACUUUAAGUACACUUUCGUUUUACAUUCAUGCUCUGGUCCCAUUUGUGUACUUAAAAGUGGGGUUUGACUGUAUACACCUCCCUGUUGCAUGUUUUUAGGCUAGAGUAAGAAUUGGUGUGUAAGUAUAAAGCGCAUCCUCCAGUGCGAUCACAUUUGAGAAUCCUUUUUCAGGCCUCAUUCAAAGAAUCUGUCACAAAAUGAUUACCUGUUUGACAAUUAAAAUACCAGCUGCAGCUUGGUCAUUAAAUGAACACUCCAGUCUCCUACAGUACACCAGCUGGGUUAAGUGCUUUAGCGGUUAACAAAGAACAUGAAAAAUUCAGAACGUGGGGGGAAAAAAAAUCAAAAAUCUGAAAGUACUUGAUUUACAGGAAAGUAACAGUGCAGCUCUCCACAACACCUACAUAAUGAUUUGAUGUGUUAAACACGUUACCUAUUCAGUUAUUGGCAUUUUUAAUGUUGCCAUGGUGAGAAACUCUAAACAGUCCAGUGUGUUCUGUUCUCCUUUUCUUGUUUCCUUAAAUAGAACAGACUUGUUGGUUUUCUAUAGUCCCCUUCCUAAUUGCAUAGUACAGUUUUUUCACAUAUGUGUGUGUUUAUUUUUUGUUAGUUUUCAGAAUUUGGGAAUUCAGUGUGUGAAGAAGAGAGAGGUGGAAGAGGCGAUUGCGCAGCGUAUCCGGACAAACAAUAACCCCUUCAAAGGUAUUGUCACAUGGCAUACAUAUUUUAUCUCUCUUGCCUUUUCUUUCACCUUCCUCUUCCUUGAAUAACUCUCUUGACAAUAUUGUGUUACUGGCUUUCAGUCCCUGUUGAAGAUCUGAAGUCCGAUUAUGAUCUGAACACGGUUUGCCUUUGCUUUCAAGUUUUUAUUCGGGACCAGACUGGGAGCCACUUUAUUCCACUGCCAUUUGUGGUGUCACAGCCUAUCUUCGAUAACCGUAAGCAAUUCCUUUUCAAAGUAAAAUUGCAAGCAGUGUAAAUUGAUAAAAAAGUUCAAAUGCUUGUACAUAUGUAGAUUGUAAAUACAGUAUUCUCAAGCUGCAAAGAUUCUAAUGCAUGCAGUUCUAUGCAUCUUUCAAAAUGAGGACAUAGACUGGUAUAAAAGUGAUACUAUAGUGCUAGGGAUAUAAAUGUGUCAGAGUGCACACUGCAUCACAAUUUGUUGGGUCUGUGGCAACAAACCUCUUUACGCAGUAGAGUGUCCAUGCCGACCCUUCUCCACUGUCAAAAUAUCCUUUAAUUGGGAUGUGCGCUCCAGAACUGGACCAUGGGGCAAUGGAAAAGGGUUGUCUCGUCUGAUGAUUUACGAUUUUCAAUUUAGAUAGGUGGAUUGCCAGUUGUGUGCAUCAUUUACUGUGCAAAGUAUUGUCAUUGCUAAUGCCGAAGUAUAAAUCUCUGCUUUAGCAUAUCAAACAGGAAGAACCAGGUGAAUUUCAAACAGAUUUGAUUGGGGGGAGGAGGGGAUUCCACACUCUUAUUUUUCCUGGAAAUCUUGGAUAAAAGUAGUAAAAGAAAUGAUAUAGUGAUCGAACAUAAAUAAGCUAAUAAGGCAAUCUGGAUAAAGCUGUGCUCACUUAAGUUUAAGAAAAAAAACAUGUCUUCAUGACUCGCUGUGGGAUGAUGCCAGGGAACACUGGCAAACCUUGGUGGUUGUGAUGCUUAGAGUGCCCCUUUUUAGUGUACUAAUUUUAAUUUGGUUUUCUCUUUGUUUUAUAUUUUCUGUCCAGUAAGUAGCUUUAUAUGAUCACCAAAAUGUAUCAUUAUGUAUUUUCUCCUUCUCAUGAACUCUUAGUCAGUGUUUGUGUUUAUUUCCAUAUAUAUUUUCUGUUAUUCUAUUUACUCUCUUUUCAAUGCGGAUUGCGCAGAUUUAAUGGUAACAGAUAUAAGUCUGUAAAAUAGAUCUUAAUGUUUUUAUUUAUAAAUAACUGGAAGUAUGUGAGAGAAUGUGAAUAACCUGGUACUUCUACUUUUUUCCUAGGAGCUCCAAACACAGCCGAACUGAAGAUCUGCAGAGUAAACAAGAAUUCAGGAAGUUGCAGGGGAGGGGACGAGAUCUUUUUACUAUGUGAUAAAGUGCAGAAAGGUAUAUGAUACCUGCACAGCAAACCCUCCAUUUGUUCUAUAAACCAUGUUAGUCCUUGUAUAUCUGUGUUAAAGUGCACCUGUCAAGCUAAACCUAACAUUUUGUCUACAUUGUGCUUGCCAAAUUGUUAGCGCAUAUAUGGGUUACAUUGUUCCAUGUUGUGUGUGUUGUUGUUGUUGUUGUUUUUAUUAUUAUGACAUUUGAUCUACUAUGCUGUUGGUAUUGUUGUAAAGGACUGCUGUAAGGGGUUGCCUCAAAUUAAAAAUGUAAUAAAGUGUAACUUGUGUUGCGCCUAAUUGUCUUAGUCUCAUUACUUGACCUGUGCUUCCCCUGUAACCGUCUGUUCCAUUUUGCCCCCUAGAAGACAUUGAGGUUCUGUUUGUAUCAGGAGGUUGGGAAGCACGUGGUUCGUUCUCUCAAGCAGAUGUUCACAGACAGGUGGCAAUUGUGUUUAGGACACCUCCAUACAAAGAUCCAGGGAUCCGGCAGCCUGUUAAGGUUCACAUGCAGUUGAGGCGUCCUUCAGAUAAAGAAGUCAGUGAACCUAUGGAGUUUCAAUAUCUGCCUCAUGACGGUAUGAAAAUUCUCUAAUGUUGCAUGAUUUUCUGUUUAUGUAGCUUGCUUUAUUUGCGCAAUUGUCUUUUUGCUUUUUUAAAUUGUAAAAUCUUGCUUCUGCAGGUGACUUUCAUCAUAUUGAAGAAAAGCGGAAGAGAACCUUGGAUGAUUUUAGGAAUAUUGCCAAGAUAAAUCCAUUUUCAGGUGAGAUGGUGUAACCUCACAGGUCUCUCUUGCGGUGCUAGUUGGCAUUGGACUCUUUCUUCCCUGUAUAAAUCGUGCUUCCCCAUUUGUUUGAAAAUUGUGUGUUCAAUUCUCCAUUGUGAUUUUUUUUUUUUUUUUUUAAAGCUCCUGAAAACCGUCCCCUGCGAAAAAUUGCUGUGCCAGCCCGUUCAAUUCCCAAGACAGGUAUGCUCCUCUUAUGUAUGCUCCUCUUAUGUAUGCUCCUCUUAUGUAUGCUCCUCUUAUGUAUGCUCCUCUUAUGUAUGCUCCUCUUCUUCAUAAAAUAUCUCAUGUUCCAUUAACAUAGGAUAAAUGGACAAUUGCCCAUAAGGUGGUCCUGUCCGUUCAAGGUGCAGGUACAAUAUAUGCUUGAUGUCAGCAUCUCGUAGAAAGGGAAGUGGAAAUAUUACAUGAAGACAAAUUAUAACCAAGAGUACAAUUCUGGAAUCUACAUAAAUCCCUCAAAACUGUGGUCUCUCUUUGCAUGAGUAAACAUUCUUAUGUGGAGGCUCUCAUGUCUACUGAGAUUUUGCUCUGUAAACCUUCCAUUUUGUAACCUUAGAAAUGCUAGUCAGUAUUUGACUGUGCACAAUUACAUGCAUGCAGCUACUCAAGAUCAUUGCAUUGGUGAUAUAACACACAUAUGGAUGUUUGUUUUACCAACCAACGACCUCUACGGAAUUGGCCAGCGUGUUUAACUUUCUGCUGGUGUGUGCUUUACCAGCUCUACAAACCUGUCUCAACUCUGUUGCAUGCAAGCAGUAUCAUAUAAUACAUAGACAGUGCAAGCAACAAGGGAGGAAAUAACCACUUUUGCUCAAUACACUAAAUACCACUUGCAGUGUUAGAAUGCCUUGUACACCAGGCGUAAAGAUGAUGAAAAUGAAUUAAACUGCAAUUUUAAAGGGACUCUAUAAGCACCAAACAACUUUAGCUUCAAUGGAGAGGUUUAGGUUUAUAGAUCAUGCCUCUGGAGUAUGCUGCUCAAUUCUUUGCCAUUUAGGAUUUAAAUCCAUGUGUUUAUGCAGCCCUAGCCACAUCCCCCUCCUGCAUGUGACACACAGUCACCCUGCACAUUUCCUGUAAAGAUCGACCUAGUGUUUAAACUUUGUUACACAAUCUGUUUAAUUUAGAAUUUGCUAUCUCCUGCUCUGUUACUUGCCAGCAGGAGCCUGGUGUGAUUUAAAGAUCAAAUAACAAAGCAGAAAAAAGUCUAACGUUAACUCAAGGUGGUGCCAAUUUUGACUGAAAAAACAAUUUUAAGGUAGGUUGUGUGAAUCACAGCCAAGAGAGGUGUGGCUAGGGCUGCAUCAACAGAAACAGUCGUGAUUUAACUCCUAAAUGGCAGAUAAUUGAGCAGUGAUACUGCAGGGGCAUGAUCAGUGCAUUAAAGCUGCUUAAUAGAGCUAAUGUUGAUUUGUGUUUGAGUAUCCCAACUGGGCAUGAGGGAAUACUAAGCUCUGAUUUAAAUAACCAGAACUGAGUUGGUAAAUCAAGGCCUUUCUUUUGUAAGAUGCUCCUGAAAAUGUGUGAGACUUUAAAUAAUUUGCAUGGAGCUCUGUUGUAUUCUACCUUGCUUAGUUAACUGUUUAUCCAACUAUAACUAGAUGACUGAAUUUUUUUAACCUCCUAAAUUGUAUUUUUAUAAAAAAAAAAAAAUAAUUUUUUAUUUUUUGAGGAUUCAUCAGCAGUGAUAGUUAUAGUAAAAACAUCAUGUUUCUAAGAAUCCCUUUUAUGUGGCAUGUGUUUUGAAUUAUUUUUUUAUUUUUUUUAAAGCUUACUAUAGUUACUACUCAAUCAUGUGUUUGUCCUUUUUUGUGUUCUCUAUUCUGUUUUCUGUGUGCUUUUGUUUUAAUUUGUUUUGUAUGUAUUCUUUUUAUUCAGAACCUGUGACACCUUCCAUACGACCAAUGCCACAGCUGCCAACACAAAUGGUUUCAUCCUCCCAGUUUGCAAUGCCAGUGGUUAAAGUUGACCAUGAAAUUUCAGCAUCUGCUCUUCUUUCCACAGUCAGUGAUUUCAGCAAUCUUGGCUUUUCCCCUCAUCCUCCACCAUCACAGCCCUCCCAACAAUCUGAAGUUGAUCAGCUUGGAUCUUUGUUGAGCUACUCUUCUUUUACAGAUGAUGGAAAUCUAGAUUUAGCUAGUAUGCUGCAAAAUGAUUCAGAGAGCCACUGUAACAGCCUCAGCUCCAUUGACAAUAGUGACUUUGGUCAAAUGCUUAGUGAAUCCCAAUCUUCAACAACAAUGUUGUCUGCUUUACAUGAUCCUGGGUCUAGUCACAAUACCAUUAUGACAUAUCCUGAAUCUAUCGCUCGGCUUAUGGCUAAUAGGCCAAAUGAGGACAAUGCAGGUGGAGAAAGAAUCAAUAGUACCUUAAUGAAUGGAAUGUUUGAGAUGCAACAAGGAGAGUCCUUAAACUCCCUGUUUGAAAUUGACUUUGCUUCAUUAAUGGGUGAGAUGAAAUGAGAAUUGUAUUAUUUUUUUAUAUAUAUAUAUAUAUAAAGAACAUGGUGGUGGCAAACUGUAUGCCGGACAGGCUCUCACUCAGUAGCUUGAUCAGCUGGAUUCUUCAGGACAGUUUGGCCUUCAGCUUCAUCAUGAUAUCGAAUCCAUCUGAGGUUGCCUACAUGUCCCCAGACUGUGCUGGUCCUAUUCAACUUAUAUCUGCAUUGUUUUGAAGGGAUAUCAAAGACCAGCUAAACAUCUGUGAGCUAGGAAUGGACCUUGACUCACUGCAGCAAUUUGGGGGAGGGGGAAGCAUUGUAAACAGAAUUGGGUGAUGGCAUCUCAGGACAGUUUCUCAAAAUCUGUUAUUGGCCUUUUACAUGUACACACUUUCAGAUAUGGCAGCAAUUUGUACUGGCUAAUUUACGGUAGAGAUACAUUUCAGCAUUUGUGUCUGGACAUGCAUAAGGAUAUAAAAUAUUUCUACCCUUGGAAUUUCUAUGCAGAUUGGCUAUUAUAUCACUAAUUUUACACUUUUCCAUUAGAACAAUACAUUCUGUCCAGUAAGUAUAAUUUAUAGUUCUCGGAAAGAUUAUGGCAUGCUAAAGUAAGACCAGUCGAUAAUCAUGUUCUGCCUUGUCAGGAUUGAUUUUACUGGCUCUUUGUUUCAAAAUGAGUUGUUUUUUUUUUUUUAUACUUUACUUUAAACCACUGUUGUGCUCACAGUAACAGUUUAAAGAUUAAAAUGAUUUGGAUCACCUCUUUGAUUGCAGCUUUCUACUUGGUAAUCAUCACAGUAGAUAUUUGUAUAAACUAUACAUCUGGCUACACACCACUCACUCCAUUUAGCCUGUAGUUUUCAACUGCUUUAAUUUUGCCUCAUUUAUAUUCUCCUUAAAAUGCAUUUUUGGUGAUUGCAUUAAAUCCCUGGCUGGGGAUCACUGUUUGAUGUUGCAUUCAUGUAACAUAGCACUUCAGUGCUUUGCUGGUUCAUUCUAUUUUCAUUGUGAGUUACACUGUGGUAGCAGGUGAAAUAUUUUAAAACUGACUAAAGUAAUUUUCAUUACCUUGGGGGGAAAUCAUAAAAUAGACAGACAGAUCUAGAUUUGUUUUCCCACCCAUGUGCAAUUGUUAACAAUAGUUAUUGUGAAACUAGCAGGUGGCACAAGGUUGUUUGUUUUCAUCACAUCAAAGUAAGCCUUCUUAAAUACACUUGUUCAUGCAUGGGUUAAGUAUAUGAUAAUUUUAAGCUAAGACUCGUCAAGAUGCAGUUGACCUCUCAGGAAUCUUAUAUAUACACUAGGCUUUGUGGUUUCAUGUGUAGGCGAAUAGAAGGAACCAGAUCACUUGCACUAGGAACUAAGAGUUUUUCCUUCUCCCUAGUGCAUACAUAUGAAGCCACUUUAAAAAUGUUGGUAAUGUAUAAAGAAGCAUCCUCCCAAUUUGUUUUAACUGAAAAUACUGGGUUUGAUAGGGUGGAAUAUCAAUCUUCAACAUACAUAGUCUCUGAUCUAAUGUAUGGAGGUUUACAGCCAUUAAUUGUCAUCUAAAAGAUUAAGGAAUGAUGCAAGACUUUCCAGCAGACAAAAUGAUACUUGAAUGUUAAACACUUUUUAAAUAUGUUUCAUAAAAAAACGCUGUCCUAUUUUAAUUUUCUUCUUCUAAGCAAAAUGAUCACAAACUAAAUGUACUCUUUGCAGGGUAGAGUUAAUAAUUAUACUCCUGCUCUUUAACUUUGCUGCCUGUAUAGUAGGUGGGUGUGUGUGUGUGUGUGU